AUGGCAGAAAUCCACACCCAAAUACAGUCUCCUCUUGAGGAGCACUCGAUCAAACCUCCAACUUCCACAUCAGUACCUCUCCUCCACUCCCCCAGUGGAAACGACUCUCCACAUUUACCCCAGAUCAUCUCCCAUCGAGGGUACAAGGGCAAGUUCCCCGAAAAUACACUUGCAGCAGUCCAAGGCGCCGUCCAAGCCGGUACUCACGCCCUCGAAAUCGAUCUGCAUCUCUCCCGAGAUGGAGUCCUUGUACUUUCCCAUGACCCAAGUCUCCAACGGUGCUACGGAGUCAAGAAAAAGAUCGGCGACUGUGACUGGGACUACCUGAAGACCCUACGCACAUUACAAGCACCCCACGAGCCGAUGCCCCGACUCCUCGAUAUCCUCGAGUAUCUACGUCAACCAGGAUUAGAACAUAUCUGGGUUCUACUGGACAUCAAAACAACCAACGACCCCGAAACAAUAAUGCACCGCAUCUCCCAAACAAUCAGCUCCGUCCCCCCACUCACCCCAACAAGUCCACCCUGGCACACACGCCUAAUCCUCGGCUGCUGGUCCGCCGCCUACCUCCCCCUGCGCAACAAAUACCUGCCCACCUACGAACUAUCCCUAAUAAGCUUCGACCUGGGCUACGCCCGACAAUACCUGCACACCCCCAACAUAUCCUUCAACGUCAACCAGCGAAUCCUAAUGGGCCCGUUUGGGCGGGGCUUCCUGGAGGAAGCACGGGCCGCACAGCGGAAAGUGUUUUUGUGGACGGUUAAUGCGCCGAAUUUAAUGCGGUGGGGGAUUCGGCAUGGUGUGCAGGGGAUUAUUACGGAUGAUCCGGCGUUGUAUGGGCGGGUUUGUAAGGCGUGGGAGGGGGAGAAUAGUGGGAAGGGGAAUGGGACGGUGGUGGAUCCUGAGUUGGUGGUUGAUAAGUUGAGAUUUGGGCAGAGAGUGCAGAUUUGGUUGGUUGCUGCUUUUGUGGUGUUGUUUGGGUGGAUUAUUAGGCGGAAGUAUCUUGUUGGUGUUGAGGUGCAGAUUGAGAAGAGGAAGGCUACAUAA